UUGUUCUUUGGCUACUCCACAGCUGGAGGCUGCUCGAAACGCCGCAAUACACACAAUAAUGAGUAAGUUAUUGUUAUUAGACAAUGUAAUGAGCGGACAGCGCGAGUGAUUUUGUGUCUUUUACCUCAACAAUUCGUCAUGAAAUUGGAAAACAUUUGGGCAAAUUUGUUGGACUUCGUCUCCAGAGUCGGGCCAAGCUUGGCUGCAACAACAACUUUUUUGCCAUGCGGGCUAGCGAUGGGGUACAUUUUUGUUGCGCUUCCAAACAGCGACGGAGUACUUCAAUAUGGACCACUCUUUGUGGGGCUGCUAUUUGCUUUCAUAUGCGCAGCAGGACUUUUUGCUACGAAAUUUAUCUAUGACCACGUAGUGUUCUGGCAUUUCGAUGUACUUCUUGUUGCAGCAUUUUUCAACUUGCUGGGUGGUUGCUUUUUCUUUAUUCACGAAUUCGAUAUAAUCGGAGCCUAUUUGGUGUUCGCCGCCCAUGGUGCCACAUACGUUUGUAGUUUAAGUUACCUUCACAUAUCCUCAGGAAAGGACACCCGAACAAUGUACAUAUCGUCCUGCUUUGCAUGGUACAUAUUGGGAAUAGCUGCAGGCGUAGCGGUCAUCCCAGACGCAUUCAUUGCUACAGCAGAGCAGUCUAAGGCCACUUCAAACCUUUAUUUGGAUUUUGCGUUCGUUUUCAUGGCUUGCACAAUUAUUGUCACCAUAAUGCUGGUUUUCAUCAGAGUCCUACAAGAAAUGGGGUCGGUGGAAUACAAGACGAUGGUGGAUGAUGAACUUCGACUGUUAAACCAGAAUGGGAGAAUUUUCGAAGACCGCAGAAGCGUAAUUGCACGCGUACGUGAUACAAAGUCGUUUUUUUAUGUCACUAAAAAUAAACAAUGGUUGGUGUCGUUUGUUCUCUUAGUAUGUGAGGGCGUGUAUUCGUCAUUAUUCACAUAUUUCGCGCUCUGGUUUUCCCUAAAUCCAGCUGUGAAACUCAGCGAUGGCUCUACAUUUGACUUAAUUAUGUGGUGUGCACUUCUAGGCGGUGUGAUUGGGACUGUCCUAAUGUCUUUCUUCACUCUGAAGAUUAUAUUCGUGGCAUCAGUUUGUACUCAGAUUAUUUUGUUAAUAAUUGGAGUAAUUUUAGGGGCGACAAUUGGCAAUCUAGUGCCAUUCUGGAUCAUCGCGUUUUUGUUUGGGGUGAUGUUCCCGUGCAUCAAAAUUUCUAUUAUCGAAACUUCCGCUUUUCGAUUCUCUGAAAUACUCAUAUUUAUUUCGUACGUGAUAUUACUAGUACCGAUUGGGGUCAUUAACGUGUAUUUUGUGGCGGAUUCCAGCAAUUUGUUCUUUUAUAGUCUUGAUCGUUCAACUUUGGCAGCGCACGCGUUCGCUUUCCUCAUAAUAAUUUCCAUGUUGAGCAUAAUAGUCGGUCUUCAAGUUCCUAGACUAUUUAAGGCUUCCCUGCUGGAGAUUCAACAUCGUGUCCUUGGUAUUAUUUUUACGGAACAUAAUAUAGAGCAACUAAAUCUUGGGUAUUUGCAAAGUGGCAUAAUUCCCACAAAAAUUGAAAAUAUUGAAACCGCUGAUACCGCAUCGAGAUUGUAAUUUAUAUUAAAUUAAACUAAAUAAUCAAGCAAUAAUGUUUAAUCCAUAGAGAUGUAAUAAUAAAUUAACUGAAAUACCUGAACGUA